CGCUCCCCGACGGUGCGCGUUUCCCGCAGGGCGAUUCCUGGGCGCGAUGGAGUGGGUGUGGGCACUCGUGCUGCUGGCUGCGCUGGGCAGCGCUCGGGCGGAGCGCGACUGCCGGGUGAGCAGCUUCCGAGUCAAGGAGAACUUCGACAAGGCUCGGUUCGCCGGGACCUGGUAUGCCAUGGCCAAGAAGGACCCCGAGGGCCUCUUUCUGCAGGACAACAUCAUCGCCGAGUUCUCCGUGGACGAGAACGGCCAGAUGAGCGCCACGGCCAAGGGCCGAGUCCGUCUGUUGAACAACUGGGACGUGUGCGCAGACAUGGUGGGCACCUUCACAGACACUGAGGACCCUGCCAAGUUCAAGAUGAAGUACUGGGGUGUAGCGUCCUUUCUCCAGAGAGGAAACGAUGACCAUUGGAUCAUCGACACGGACUACGACACCUAUGCAGUGCAGUACUCCUGCCGCCUCCUGAACUUGGACGGAACCUGUGCUGACAGCUACUCCUUCGUGUUUGCCCGUAACCCCUACGGCCUGCCUCCGGAAGUGCAGAAGGUCGUGAGGCGGAGGCAGGAGGAGCUGUGUCUGGGCAGGCAGUAUAGGCUGAUUAUGCACAAUGGUUACUGUGAUGGCAAAUCAGAAAGAAACCUUUUGUAGCAACAUCAAGGAGGUCAAGUUUCGUUUGAAAACGUCCCACUUUCGCUCAGCCUUCAACUCUAUUUAUCGUAGUUUAGUCUGGCCCUCUCUCCUCCCCUCUUCCUCAGGACACAUAAAACCUUCAGGACACAUAAAAAUACACGUGGGAACAAGUGAAUCCAUUUGCAGUCAGGUGUAUGUUUUUUUCUGGGGUUUUCUAGGGAAUCGUUUGAGGCUUAGGAUUCCAGACUUUGAAUUAUUAAAACGUAGUCUCCUGUUUCCUAUGA